AUGCCGCUUGCACAGGGCGAAACGCGAGUCCUCAUUCUUGAACCAGGCGCUGAGUCCAACCCUGUCGUAUGUCGGCUGGAGCAUAUGGCGAUCCCAGGGGUGGCCACGCAUGGGACUGAAUCCAACGCCCCAGAGAAAGACUUCAUAGCCUUGUCCUAUGCCUGGGGCUCGCCUGUUCGAACACAUGUCAUCACAUGCAACCAGUUGCCGUUCGCCGUCACCACCAACCUCUUCCAUGCCCUUUACUACCUUCGCCGAUCCGACCAGUCACAGUGCCUCUGGGUGGACGCCAUUUGCAUCAACCAAGACAACAUUCCAGAACGCAACGAGCAGGUUCGCCACAUGCUAGCCAUCUACCAGGCAUCGAGUCGCGUCAUUGUCUGGCUUGGG